AUGGCCAGUACAUCAAGCCCUGACACCAUGCCCGAGACCCCUGGUACACCUGAGAUGUCAGAGCGUAUACGAAACCCUGCAGACAUUUCUGUCAUUGUCAUCUAUUUCAUUGUGUUGAUGAUUGUUGGAUUAUGGGCAAUGCUGAAAACAAACCGGGGUACUGUUGGAGGUUUCUUCCUGGCUGGUCGAGAAAUGGCCUGGUGGCCAAUGGGAGCCUCUCUCUUUGCCAGUAAUAUUGGCAGUGGUCAUUUUGUGGGCCUGGCUGGGACAGGAGCAGCUACAGGAAUUGCCACUGUAACAUUUGAGUGGAAUUCUGUGUUUCUAUUGAUGAUUCUAGGGUGGUUUUUUGUCCCCAUCUACAUCAAGUCAGGGGUGAUGACCAUGCCAGAAUAUUUGAAGAAGCGAUUUGGAGGAAACCGGCUCCAGAUUUACCUCUCGGUCCUAACCCUCUUCAUCUGUGUGGCUCUGAGAAUCUCAUCAGAUAUAUUCUCUGGAGCUAUAUUCAUCAAGCUGGCCUUGGGAUUGGAUCUUUACCUAGCAAUCUUCAUCCUCUUGGGCAUCACUGCUGUUUACACAAUCACUGGUGGCUUGGCCUCAGUUAUUUACACAGAUGCCCUCCAGACCAUCAUCAUGCUCAUAGGUUCUUUUAUUCUCAUGGGAUUUGCAUUUGCCGAAGUUGGAGGCUAUGAGAAAUUUGUGGAGAAGUACAUGAAUGCCAUUCCAACUGUAACCCAGGGGGACAACCUGACCAUCAGUUCCAAGUGCUAUAUUCCUCAGGCAGACUCCUUUCACAUUUUCCGAGAUCCUGUUACUGGAGAUAUCCCAUGGCCAGGAAUAGUAUUUGGAAAUAUCCUUGUAGCUAUGUGGUAUUGGUGCACGGACCAGGUUAUUGUGCAGCGCUGCCUAUCAGGCAAAGACAUGUCUCAUGUGAAGGCUGCCUGUAUCAUGUGUGGUUACCUAAAAUUACUGCCCUUGUUCUUCAUGGUGAUGCCAGGGAUGAUCAGUCGCAUUCUGUACACAGAUAUUGUGGCCUGCGUUGUACCAUCUGAAUGUAUGAGACACUGUGGCAAUGAAGUUGGCUGCACUAACUAUGCCUACCCCAUACUGGUGAUGGAACUAAUGCCUAAUGGACUUCGAGGUUUAAUGAUGUCAGUGAUGUUAGCCUCUCUCAUUAGUUCUUUGACCUCCAUCUUCAAUAGUGCCAGUACUCUCUUCACCAUAGACCUUUACACCAAGGUGAGGAAGCAAGCAUCAGAGAAAGAGCUCCUUAUAGCUGGACGGCUAUUUAUCGUUAUAUUAAUUAUCCUCAGCAUUCUGUGGGUUCCAUUACUAGAAGUUUCUAACAAUGGGCAACUGAUUCAUUAUGUAGAAUCAAUUUCGAGCUACCUUGGACCUCCAAUUGCAACUGUCUUCCUGCUUGCUAUAAUAUGUAAAAGAGUCAAUGAACAGGGAGCCUUCUGGGGUCUAAUUGUUGGACUUGUGAUAGGCCUUAUUCGUAUGAUUCCAGAGUUUGUCUAUGGAACAGGGAGUUGCUUAGCUGCCAGUAAUUGUCCCAAGAUCAUUUGUGGGGUGCACUAUCUCUACUUUGCUCUCAUUCUCUUUGGUAUAACCUUAGUGGUUGUACUGGGAGUUUCACUGUUAACGAAACCCAUUCCUGAUGUACAUCUGCAUCGUCUUUGCUGGACUCUUCGAAACAGUACAGAGGAAAGAAUUGACUUAGAUGCAGAUGAGAAAAGACAAGAAGAGGAGGAGGAGGAGGAUGACCAUGGGGAUGAUAAUUCUGAGGAAACUCGCAGCUGUUUCAGGAAGGCUUAUGAUUUAUUCUGUGGCUUAUCAAAGAAAGGUCCCAAGCUGACCAAAGAGGAGAAAGAAGCCCAAAUGCAGAAGUUGACAGACACAUCUGAGAAGCCCUUCUGGAAGACAGUAGUGAACAUAAAUGCUAUUCUCCUCCUGGCAGUGACAGUCUUUUUCCAUGGCUAUUAUGCCUAG